AUGCACACUGUGACCAUGUUCCAUGAACUGGCUGCAGCUUUUGCCUCCCAAACAGGUGGCCAUGCCUGUGGCUUCAUUGUCUGUGGUGAUAUCAAGGAUACCACCAAACCAACAUUCUUUGGUGACAAUCUCUGCAAGCAAUUCUUUGAGGAGGUCAUGAAGAUUGGCCUGGCUGCCUUUGCACAGAACCUGGAAGCAUUCUGCAUGAGUGGAGGUGCUAAAGGAUUGGCUGAGAGUACACACAAACAUAUGCUUGCCCUAAAGGCAUACAUCUGCGCAAUGCUCAAUGAACGACUACAUAAGUGA